AUGGCUGCAUUCCUGGGGAAUAUGCUGGGGAAUAUCCUGGGGAAAGACACAGAAACACCUAUGGAUGUGGACGGCCCAGAGGUGUCAGUGGACGGCCCACCGGUGUCAGUGGACAGCCCAGGACAGGUUGCGACGCCUUCAGCAAAGGAUACAGAUGAAGUUCUACUCUAUCUCACCUUAAAAUGGUCAGAGUCUGAUGUGCAAAAAAAAAAGAAAACAACUCUACAGAAGUCUCUCCAGAAUUGGUUCAACAACAACACCAACAAACUGGACUGCGAAGUUAAAGAGGUCGGGAAAGACGGGAGUGCUGUGAUAAUGGUUAAACCUGCUCCAGGUGUGAUUGAUCUUCAGAAACUGCACAAUCAACUUCUCAGCCUGAAAGAUGUUCCCCUGGUGACCAUUGUGUCUGUUAAUCUGGCACCAUUAAAACCUGAUGGCCAAACUUCAGGCAAUGCUUCAGUGAGCCCCCGUCCUUCAUCGGUGCUUCAAUCUGGUAAUGCUGUGCUAAUGGUGGAUCAUAGUGAUCCAGCUUCUACAGCAGAUCACACUUCUGAUGAGGACAAAAAGAAGCCUCUAUACAAUUGUCUCAUCCCAGUGUUUCAAUUCAUGUAUAUGAGCAACAUCUACAAGGAAGAAAUUGCAAGUAUAGAGAAGAAGCAUGGAGUUAAAAUGGAAGCACAGGCCACUGUGACGUUUUCCUCUGACCAGGAAGAUGGCCAACAAAAAGCCCUUUCAGAGUUCACAAACCUUGUUCAGACGCGCUUAUCUGAAGUCAGUAGCUCAGUUAUCCCAGCCAAGUUUGUCGACUCAGAUCAGUGGAUUAGUGCACUGAAAAUCAGUCAGAAAAAUGAGAACAAGCUCAUGCUUACUAUGUUUUCAGAAGAAAUUACCGUAUUUGGACCAACCCACUGUCAAGAAGCAUUCAGUUCAACCUUAAAUGCAACGCACACAACAAAUGGCACUUUGGAGGAGGAAGACCCUGAACACCAAGACCCAUCUUUCAAGAUAAAAACGACCCUCAAAGACCGUGUAGCUGAUACAGGGUUGACCAUGGAGGAGAGCACCUGGAAGCUGCUGACUACCUCACUGACAAACAUGAGUUAUGAUUAUUUAGAGACCUCCAGAGGACCUGGGCAGGAUACGCGUUCAACACAGCACGCUACAGCACGUUCAGCAGAGGGAGCGACAGCAGGAGACAGUAAAGAUGAAACCUGCCCUAUCUGUUUAGAUUCACUUAAAAUGAAGAAACAACUGAAGUGUAAACAUGAGUUUUGUGAGGAAUGCCUGAAAAUGUUUGAGAAACACAACGGACCCACCUGUCCUGUUUGCAAAGAUGUGUUUGGUGUGAUGAUUGGAGACCAGCCGGAGGGAACGAUGAAAUGGAAGACAGAUCCUGCAUCUCUUCCUGGAUUUGACAACUGUGGUACUAUAGUCAUCACAUAUCGGAUUCAAAGUGGAAUACAAACGGAAAAGCAUCCAAAUCCUGGACAGUGGUACACUGGUACUCAGAGAACUGCAUAUCUCCCAGACAACACAGAGGGCAACGAAGUGCUACAACUGUUGAAGAAAGCGUUUGACCAGAAGCUGAUUUUCACGGUUGGGGAAUCCAGAACGACUGGGGCGGAGAACAUGGUGACCUGGAAUGACAUUCAACACAAAACAAACACGUAUGGUGGACCGUCGAGAUAUGGAUACCCUGACCCGGAUUAUCUCAAAAGGGUCAAGGAUGAACUGAAGGCUAAAGGCAUUAUAAGCAGCAUUUUGGGACAGAGGCUGAAUGUAAGGACGUUGUCAGGGCGACCAGAAUGGCAGCAUCAGCAGCAGCAGGGCACAGAGGAGAACAAGAGAUCAGAAAGAGCUCAAGAACAACAGAAAACUGCUGAAGACACGAUGAACAUAAUGCACUUCAGACCGAGUCGUUACAAAACAACAUACAGACUUGAUUCUCGAAAGGCAGAAAGAUAA